UCGGGCGAAAUUAAUUCUUCUCUCAAGACCAGUGAAGGGGGCCGGUGUGUAGACGACAACAAUCGCACAGAACGGUGUUAGGGAUAUUCGCUUCUGAACUAUGGAAUAGGCUACGAGAGAAAACAUCCUCUUUCCUAACUUUGACAUCAAAGCGAAUUCCUGGUUGGCUUCUUGGACCCAGAUCAGAUAGCUGCAUGUUUGAAUCGAUGUUCUGCAAUGGAACCCUGGCCUGCGGUGGCCUGGGUGAUAAUAACGAUGGUCAUCGCUGACUGGAUGGAAACUGCACAUACGAGGGACUUCACAGAAAAUGACAUCAUCUACCUUCACCCCUCAACCACUCCAUACCCAGGCGGAUUCAAGUGCUUUACUUGUGAGGAGGCGCAAGACAACUAUGAGUGCAACCGUUGGGCACCAGACCUAUAUUGCCCAAAAGAUGCAAGGUAUUGCUACACCCAGCACGAGAUAAAUCUGGACGGCAACACUGUGUCUGUAACAAAGCGUUGUGUGGCCCUCAAUGACUGUCUUUCUACUGGAUGCGCUGACACUGACCAUGAAGGACACAGGGUGUGUACAGCUUGCUGUGAAGGGAACAUCUGCAACCUGCCGCUUCCUCGAAAUGAGUCAGACGCCAUCUUUGCCACAACGUCUCCCCUCAGCAGUGCCCCGCGUCCGCCUGCGAGCCACUCGCUUCUCACCCUCACCCUCACACUCACCCUCACUUUGCUCUUCUUCAGGCAGGUUUGAAGGAUGAAAGUAGAAAAGUGGAAAGUGAAGCCAUGAAUUCAUCUUUCUUUUUUUUGUUUUAAAACUGUAGAGGUAGCAUGUUGUAAAGGCCAGACCUUUUAAAAGUGAACUAGCCCUAGAGGGGUAAACAGUAUAAGCACUUGCUCUAAAAAAAAAAGAAAGAAA